GAAGGAAUCGAUGAUUUCAUUUCUAGUCUAAGAGGUUGGACCAAAAUAUUUCCGGAUAACGACGCCAUCUCGAACCUAGAUAAGCAGCUGGGCUUAAUAAUCUAUAAGAUUAUCUCCAAGAAACUUUCUUUUUCUAAUUUUGAACGCUUAAUUGCCAUGAUAAUUGGCUCUGCAAGCGAUCGUGAAAUUUGGUCUUAUGUCAUUACCAUGGUAGAUUUACUUACUACUGAAUUGAAAUCUUCACGCUCUGAAUUACAAACUAAUCCGAUGAAAUCGACUUUAUCGAUGCCUAAUUUUAAGUGGAAAAGUUCAGAGCCGCUCGGAUAUGGAAGAACCGCAGAUUCUCUUACUAUGGCUCUGAAGUUCGAACUUUCAGGUCACCUUUACAAAUCAAUUGAUAACUUCUGGGAGGAGACUUUUGAAAACAAACCCUGGUCCGACUUGACGAUGCGUAUUUGGGAAAGCUAUCGUGAUCAAGGUCAAUGCGGAACGGAAAACCCUUUCUCAAGGGAGAUGAGCGAAGCAGCGAUGCGAAACUGGCUACAUUCUUUUCGAGAUCGGUUUCUUUACCAACAUAUGCCGAACGGGAGAGUGCCAACUAAUGGCCAACCCAUCGUUCAUAGGGUUGCGGGCGAUCCCUUUGGUGGUCUAAGACCACGGAAACUAGACUUUUUCGUCGAGGAUGCUGCUCUCCCUGAUGGUCCGACUCAUGAUUGGCGUAAUGUUAGAGUAGUAGGAGAGCUAAUAGCGUCUCCUCGUGGAAUUUGUAAAAAAAUGCACAAGCUGAUGAGAUCCUUCCGUGAAAUAUUUUAUGCCCAGCCGUUGCGUCGGUUUGUGCAUGGGUUCUGCCUGCACAAACUACAUGUUGAGUUCUGGGUUAUUGACAGAUCGGGCGCCUACAGCUCUAGGGAAAUUGAUGUAAUUGGGAGUCAGGAAAAACUGGUUCGAGCGCUAUCUUCGUAUGUGCUAAUGAGUGACGAAGAGCUUGGGCUAGACACAUCAACUAGACAUGACGGGAACCGGCUCUUAGUAACUAUACCUGACGGCGACAAUCAGCCGGAAGCUAUACAGGUGGCGCCCGAACCAGUAGCCCGACCAGAGACAAUAAUGUCUAGAGCAAAUACCUGCUACCGGACAUUGGACAGCAUGCAUUUGAUAAAGUUUUCAUGGGGGUCAGGAGCGAGUCGGACAGAAAUAGAUUCUCUGAAACUUGCACGAAACAUGGAAGGUGUAAUCAAUCUUGAAUGGUCAAAGGAACUAUAUGAAGUUGAAACACAUGGGAAGAAGAUACAGUUUUCGAGUGGAGAACAAGUAAUCAUGAAAGAUCCGCAACAGACUCCUUCCAGGGGCCAAGAAAUAACGUCUACAAGUAGUCAACAAUAUUACAAGAAACAUAGACUCACCAUUGUCAAGCUGUCGCCAUAUGGUCGACCUCUGAGAUCCUGCACCUCUGUUCGGGAGUUUCUAAGCGGCAUCCGUGAUGCGAUAAUUGGACACUACAAGCUGCUCAAUGAGGCUAAAAUUCUCCAUCGCAAUAUAUCCGAGGGCAAUCUAAUUCUGACCAGACCAGACACAGAGGGCAUAACCAAAGGUAUGCUGAUUGACCUAGACAUGUCAAUUUCGCUGAACUUGAGAGAGAAUCCGCCUGAGGCGGAUAAUAUAACGGGAACCGUCAAGUACAUGGCCAUAGAACUCGUGAAGUAUGUCAGUAACGGAAUAUUCAAAUAUCAUCAGAACUAUUGGCAUGACAUGGAAUCAUUCUUUUACGUAUUUCUAUCUGGAUGCAUCACCUAUGGACUUCACCCACGAUGGGCCCCCACGCAUUUAAAUCAGUGGUGCACAGCUGAUCACGGUAAUAAUUUUCGUAUCAAGAAAUCAUUCGUCAUUGAUGAAUUCGAAGAUCAAAUCCUGAACAACUUCUCGCCAAGCUUUGAGGAUGUAAAAAGUUUGGCAUAUGAUUUACGUCGAAUACUUUUUAUAGAAAAAUUAGAUCCAUAUGAAGAAAACGAAAAUACCGACAUACUGUACGGUCCUAUUAUUCGUGCUUUUGAUGAUGCCAUUGCAAAAAUUGACAGUAAGGGACUUUCUUCUAUCCAAGUUAAACCAAUCACCCCACUCAUUUGUAGAUUUACUGACAAAACCUACCCUCUGAUAUAG